AUGAAGCGUGGGGAUACAGCCCCUAGUCAGCGCCGUGGUCCAGGGCGACCACGAAAGACACCUAUUGAGUCAGUAGAGUCAGAGCCAGUAGAGCAGGAGGCAGAUUCUCUCAGGAAUCCUACAGAGAUUGAUAUUGAUAGUCAUGGACAGACCCACCAGGUUCCUAUGAGAGAUCAGGGUUUCCAGCCUCAGGUGGUUUCCCCUAUAUUACCACCAGUGGUCCCUACCCCUGCUGCCACUCCUUGGGUGAGGGAUAGAGCACAUAUCCCACUAUUAGCUCGAUCGGUAAAGGACCGAUUCACCUUGUUCCAUGGAGUUCCCGACCCGAGUGUUGCUCAUUCUUGGUUGAGAAAUGUGGAGGACACUUUCGAGUAUUUGUCGUGUACUGAGGAAGAAAAGGUUGAGUUAGCGGCGUACCAUCUUCGAGAUCAGGCUGUCACUUGGUGGAAAUUGCAGAAGGUACUGUUGGGAGAUCAGAGUAUUACCUGGACUUUAUUCCGAGAUGCUUUCGAGAGACAGUAUUUUCCAGCUCCUUAUCGUAUGGCUCGUCGACAGGAAUUCUUAAAUCUGAAGCAGGGGGAGCGAUCUGUGAUGGAGUAUGAUGCAGAGUUUAACCGAUUAGCUGAGUACUGUCCACAGCUUGUUGCUCAGGACAGCGAUCGGUUAGACCAGUUUACCCAGGGCCUUGCGGCUUAUAUUCGUAUCCGGAUGUCUGGUUUUACUCCUAGCUCUUACCGGGAGGCACUAGAUAGAGCCUUGAUGAUUGAGAUGACCCAGCAGCAAGUUUCCCAAGAGCGGGGAAAAGACAAACAAAAGGCUCAGGAUACAACUCCAAAUCAGAAACACCAGAACAAAGGUCAGAAAAAGCGGAAGAAAUGGCAGGGAUCCCAUUCUACUUCAGGAGAGUCUCAUCAAUUACCGAAGACAGCACGAUCGUCAGCUGAUUCUUCUCGUCCCUCUCAUCAGCAUUGGAGGGAUCAGUCCAGUGGAUUAGUAUGCUUUCAGUGUGGUGUAGAGGGUCACUCUAAGACCAAUUGUCCAUUGGGUCAGAAUGUAUGUUACUACUGUAAGCUUCCGGGACAUAGAAGCCGUGAUUGUACUCUGAAGGCUCAGAUGCAGGCUGCCAAGGUUGCUACUCAGGGUAGUCAUAUUACUCAGACUCGACGGCCGAAGGGACCGCAGAAGUCACAGGGUACUCCACAUCAGCAGAGUAUACCACCUUCUCAGGCACAGGUAUACCACAUCCAGAGUCAGCAGUACCCAGCAGUACCUGUGGCUAUACAGUAUUCGUCAGCUGUCCCGUCACAUCAGAUGCAUCCGGUACCUCAGUAUUUUCCAGCGCCACCUAGCUCUUGUCCAGUGAUACAGCCUCAGCAGCAUGCUACCACCCACCAGUCUCAGCAGUUCGCUACUACUCCACCAGCACCGUUUCAGACCACUACUGGAGUAUCGCCAUCGUGCCCGGAAGUGGGACGAGUGUAUGCUAUUACUCGAGAGGAGGCACAGCGGGCCGAGGGAUCGGUCUUUCGGGGUAUGAUUACUGUUUAUUCUUUUCCUGCUGAAUUAUUGAUAGAUACUGGUAGUUCCCAUUCUUUCAUUUCUCGGGUAUUUCUGAGUAAGAUUUGUAGAUUACCGGUUCGUCGGACUCAUACAUUAGCGGUAUCUUUGCCCUCGGGAGAGAUACUAAAUAUCGGCCAGGAGAUUAGAGAUUGUCCAUUGGAUUUCGAGGGUCAGACCCUUAUAGUGGACUUACAGGUUCUGGAUAUGUUAGAAUUUGACAUCAUUUUGGGUAUGGACUGGUUGGUCAGAUAUUAUGCUACCGUGGAUUGCAGCGCGAGAGUGGUUACAUUUAGACCUCCUGGUCUACCAUCCUGGGUAUUCAUGGGUACCAAGGAUGAGGGGAUUUCUGUCAUCUCAGCUAUGCAAGCUCAAAGAUUAUUGUCUCAAGGAUGUCGGGGGUAUUUGUUAUCUAUGAUUAAGAUUGAUCAGGAUACUACCACACAGCUAUCUGACAUUUCUAUAGUUCAGGAGUACCCUGACGUAUUUCCAGAAGAAUUACCCGGCUUGCCCCCGAAAAGGCAAGUGGAGUUCACGAUUGAGUUGAUCCCGGGGACAGCACCAGUGUCCAAGGCUCCGUAUCGCAUGGCACCUAAGGAGUUAGAGGAGCUAAAGGUACAGUUACAGGAGCUGCUGGAUAGAGGGUUUAUCCGUCCUAGUGUGUCUCCGUGGGGAGCUCCGGUGCUUUUUGUGAAGAAGAAGGACGGAUCGAUGAGAUUAUGCAUCGACUAUCGGCAGCUGAAUGCAGUGACUAUUAAGAAUAAGUACCCACUGCCACGUAUAGAGGAUCUGUUUGAUCAGCUCAAGAAUACUUCAGUUUUCAUGGAUAUGAUGAAUAGGGUAUUUCUGGAGUUCCUGGAUCAGUUCGUGAUUGUGUUCAUCGAUGAUAUAUUGAUAUAUUCUCGAUCCGAAGAAGAACAUGGGCGACACCUUCGUAUAGUAUUGGAGACGCUCCAGCGAGAACGUCUCUAUGCAAAAUUCAGCAAAUGUGCAUUCUGGUUAUCUUCUGUGGGGUUUCUGGGACAUAUUGUUUCUAGUAGUGGUAUAUCCGUUGACCCACAAAAGAUAGAGGCUGUUACCAGCUGGGAGCAGCCAAAGUCUGUACAGGAAAUUCGUAGCUUUCUUGGUCUGGCCGGGUAUUACCGCCGAUUUGUUGAGGGCUUCUCUAGCAUAGCUCUGCCGUUGACUCAGUUAACCAGGAAAGGGGUGAAGUUUUGCUGGACAGAGUCUUGCGAGACGAGUUUUCAGGAACUUAAGCGCAGACUCAUUUCUGCACCUAUACUAGUACUUCCUUCUGGAGAUGAUGGCUUCGUACUUUAUACAGAUGCAUCAUUAUAG